AUGUCCGACAUUGACUCAGCCUCGUCUUCGGAGGCAGGAUAUUUAGACCGUGAAGCUAGAGACCGUACCGUGAUGGCCAUGGUGCCCGUGAGCAUGCAAACCCCUAAGAAACCUAAGAAGCAGACCCCCCAGGAAGCGAUUGACGAAUUUUGGAAAAAGUUUACAACUAAAGCUCCCGGAAAAGCAACUACUAUUAUCCCGCAUAACGAAUAUGCCGAGAAAGCGGCGAAGAGGUCUACCAAAGCUAUUGGCACAAAUACUCAGACGUCAUACGAAGAAGCUGCUGCUGUCUGUAGAGCCAAGGUCGCCAAAAUCGUCAAGGAGUGUCGCCGUGUAAAUCAAAAAUAUCGAGAUCCGCACUUCGAUCUCGAGAUCGAUUUGAAAUGGGGUAGCCGAGAUACUCUAGAAUCCCUUUGCAACACUAAGGAGAAAGCUGAAUCGUUCUUCACGCCCAAGAGCGUCAAGCGUGUUGUAGACAUCUUUGACGACCCUAAGUUCUAUAUCGAGGGUCCCACCGCCAAUGAUGUCAGGCAAGGUCGUGAUGGUGACUGUUGGCUGCUCGCCGCUCUAUGUACUCUCAGCAACAAGCCUAGUUUGAUUGAGAAGGUUUGCGUAGCUCGUGACGAGCAGGUCGGCGUCUACGGCUUUGUUUUCCACCGCGAUGGCGAGUGGAUCUCAGAGAUUAUCGAUGAUAAGUUGUUCCUAACCAAACCCGACUUCGAUGAGAGCUUUCUCGAGCGGAUACUUUGGGAAGACCGCGAAAGGAUUAACUCUGAGGAGCAAUAUCGAAAGGCAUAUCAGAGCGGAUCCGGAGCUCUCUAUUUCGCCCAGUGCGAGCACGAAAAUGAGACCUGGCUACCACUUCUCGAGAAGGCGUAUGCUAAAGCGCAUGGUGACUACGCAUCGAUAGAUGGCGGUUUCACCGGAGAGGGGAUCGAAGAUCUCACCGGUGGAGUUACGUCCGAGCUCUAUACCACGGAUAUUCUUGACAAGGAGUAUUUUUGGAAAGAAGAGUUGAUGAAGGUAAAUGAUGAAUUUCUCUUUGGAUGCUCCACGGGAAUGUGGGGUGCUUGUUGGGGAGAACGUAAGGGCAUCUAUGAGCUUCAUGCCUACUCGAUAAUGAAGGCUGUGGACAUUGACGGCCAACGGCUUGUCCUACUCAAGAACCCCUGGGGAAAAGGUGAAUGGACCGGCCCUUGGAGUGACGGGUCUAAAGAGUGGACAGCCGAGUGGAUGGUCAAGCUCAACCAUCGGUUCGGUGACGAUGGGAAUUUCUGGAUCUCGUAUGAUGACCUACUUCGAAAGUACCAGGCUUUUGAUAGAACUCGACUUUUCGGGCCCGAGUGGAAAGUUACCUCUCUCUGGACGACUCUCUCGGUUCCCUGGACACUAGACUAUCACGAUACAUACUUUGCAUUUUCUCUCGCAAAGACUGGGCCUGUUGUUCUUGUACUUUCUCAGCUAGAUGAGCGCUACUACCGAGGCCUUGAAGGCCAGUACCGAUUCGAACUGAAUUUUCGCCUGCACAAGAACGGCCAAGAAGACUAUGUUGUUCGCAGCAUUAGCUCUAUCCGUCUGAACCGCGCAGUCAAUGUUGAACUCGAGCUAGAAGAGGGCGAAUAUACGGUCUUGCUCAAAAUUGAUGCCACUCGUUAUAUGGGUAAGCUACCGAUAGAAGAAGUGGUGCGUAACCAUGCUCGGGAUCGUAGAGACAAGCUAGUUGCUGUCGGCAUGUCCUACGACCUAGCUCACAGCAAGGGGAAGAUUAUCGAGUCUGCUGAAGAAAAGAAGGCCCGGAAGGAAGCGGAGAAGCGUAAGGAGGAUAAGGAGCGUGAGGAACUCAAGAAAAAGAUCAUGGAGAUGCGGCAACGUAAUCAUUAUUACCGCGUCAAACAUCAUAAGAAGGACCAGGAGAAGAAGGCUAAGGCCAAGGCCAAAGCACUGGCCAAAAAGGCUGCGAAAGCCGACAAGUUAAAGGCCAAGGAGGCUGACAAACAGGAGACCAGUUCUAAGGAAGAACCGUCGGAACCCGCAGAUAAGCACGUUCACGUAUUAUCGCCAAGCUCUAUCCCAACGCCAGAGGACCCUAAGAAGGAACCGACUUCUGAAUCGAGUACAGAUCCCAAAGUGGAGACGCCCUCUACAGAGCCUGAAAAGUCUGCUAUAGAUUCACCGUUGACAUCCAAAGAGCAUCCUACUGAAAACCCCGAGAUAUCUAAGGAAUCUAAAGUAGAGGGUACAUCUGAGUCUGAGAAGGUUGAUGGCAAAACUGAGCCGGGUACAGAAGGACUGCCCGAUUCCAGCGUUACUUCGUCAAAUAAGGCAAAUGUCGGUAAAAAAUCAGAUGAGAAGGGGGUAAAGGAGACGGAAGAUGAAGAGGAUGACUCGUCUGAUGAGAGUGAUAUAUCGUCUGUUUCCGAGAUUAGCGACCGAGAGCUGGACUAUGAGUUCAAGCGUCACGCCAAUAGUGUCGCCCCUCUUCCUCCUUCGCCACCACCUCCUGUCGAGCCGCCGGAGGAAGAGGACGAGUUUGAGAAAGACCCGUGGAAUGCUGUCGCUACAGUCGGUCUACGCGUCUACUACAAGGUGUCUGAUGAGGAUAGGGACAAGGAGAUUGUAAAGCUACGCGUCGUCCGCCCGAACCCCUACGCUAAGGACGAUAAGAAGAAAGGCGAAGAGGAGGAUGAGGAUGAGGAGAAUGAAAAAGAGCCCAAGACCUCUAAGGGCUUAGACGUCGAUGAUAGUUCUAAGGAUGCCACGCUUGAAGGUAGCCAGGAGCAGAGGAAGAAGAGCAUCAUGUCUCUUACGCCGCAAGCUUAG